CCUAAACUGACAGUGAAUCCACCGGUGAUCACAGUGACAGACUCAACCACAUUGAACUGUCAGUCUUCUUUUCCUGUGUCUCAAUGCUAUUACUCCACGGAGGUCAGGGGAACUGUCAGACAUCUCCCUUGUCUGCAGAAACUGACAGGGAUUCAGCUUCUAUCGAUGGCAGCUCAGCGUGCACCUGUUGAGGUCAAAGUGAUAUGUUUUUACAUUGUAAAGCUUGGAGAGAGAAGUUUUCCAUCUCCAUACAGUGACAAAGCCUCCAUCACCAUAAACAGGCUUCCUAAACCUAAACUGACAGUGAAUCCACUGGUGAUCACAGUGACAGACACAGUCGAUCUGCACUGUCAGACUUCAUCUGUGGCUCAGUGUUUUUUCUACAUUGGAAAAAGAAUCAGUAACUUGCCCUGUCUGACGACACUGUCAGGGACUGAGCUGCUGAACAUGGCACAUCAGAGUCCACCUACUGAGGUUGAAGUGAUAUGUUAUUACAGUGUUGGAGAGAGAAAUUCUGUUUCUUCAUACAGUGACGCAUUCUCUGUCACCAUAAACAAUCUGAUUGUUAGUGGGUCUCGUGCUCCCACUCCUGUAACCCCUGCAAGCCUAACAUCAGGUCAGACUGUUGGGAAGCAGAGUAACCCUGGUAGUACCAUCUCUACUUCCCAAACAUCUGUGAAACCAACAUUAGAAACAGAUACUGGUAUGACUCCUAUGAACCCAGAAUCUGGCGAUGAAACAACAGGUUCGCCUGGCACUAAAGAUAGCUCUUUUCCUUUAACCCAACUGAAAAGGCCUUCAGCACAAACAAUGAUAUGGAUGUUAAUAGUUGUGACUGGUUGUGGAGUGGCUCUGGGUGUCAUCAUACUACUAUCAGCAGUUCUCAGGAAGCAGAAAAAAGCUGCAGGUUCUGAGGAAGUUAAAAGUCAACAGUCUCAAAAUCUGAAUUCUGACACAUAUCACCUUUACUCCACCAUCUCUGAGGAGCCAGUUACAUUGGUCCUGGGAGGCAUGGCGUACAGCACCGUGACGACACACUGACACACAGACAUCUUUUCCUGCAUAAAGAAAGAUGAAGCCUAGAGAACUGUUGGAGGUGUAAACCUUUUGUUUAGAGUUUACCAGCAUAAGACAGCAGGCCACAAUAGUGUAAUGUUAGACUCUUAUUAUGUCUCUUUCUCACAUUUAGCAAUCUAUAGGAGUUUUCAAGUUUUACAGCAAUUUAUCUGUAACAAGCACAGCAUGUAAAAAAUGUAUAACGAUGUCAAAAUAAACAUUUGCCUUUACAACUA